AUGAAAUUCAACGAAUCGUCCCGUUUGCUCCGGAACAAAAACAUCCUGAAAGCGAGCAGACGUCUCUAUAGCACCUGCAAAAAAAGCGACAAUAAAAAAUCUAAGGACGGUUGUAAGGUCAAUCAUGAGGAUUUGAGGUGCUGCAAGGACGAUUCCAAAAGGUUCAUCAAGGAGUGCCUUAUAAAGGCUAAGGCUUGCGAUAAAAAUGCUGAUCAGCAAGCCGCUCUUCUGAUCGCUGCUGAUUUGAGAGGCCAUUACAGCCACGGUAUGAAUCGUCUCGAGAUGUACCUCAACGAACUGGAAGCAGGAGUCUGCGACGGCCGAGCGGAGCCCCAAAUUUUAAAAGAGACUCCCGCAGCGGCCUGGGUAGGCGGCUGCAAUGCCCUUGGGGCUGUCACAGGAAACUUUUGUAUGCAGUUGGCCAUUAAAAAGGCCGAAAAAGUCGGAAUCGGAUACGUUGUGGCCAAGGGAGGGUGUCAUUACGGAAUGGCUGGUUAUUACACCCUCCAGGCAGUAGAAAAGGGCCUGAUUGGAUACAGUUCUACAAAUACUUCCCCUUUGGUGGCACCGACAAGGAGCAAACAAGCGUGUUUGGGAACAAAUCCACUUUCUAUUGGAAUGCCAUCGAGUAUUAAAGAAGAUUAUUAUUUAUUAGAUAUGGCAACGUCUGCAGUGGCCCUCGGUAAACUCGAAAUGGCCCGCAGGCUCAACAAACCGAUACCUCUAGGCUGGGCCUUAGGGCCAGAUGGCCAACCUACUGCAGACCCAGCUGUUGGCUACAAAAAUGGCAUUCUGAUGCCUUUGGGAGGCGCUGAAGAAACAUCUGGUUAUAAAGGAUACGGUUUAGCGUGCAUGGUCGAGGCUUUAGGAUCUAUGCUAUCAGGAUCACAGUAA